AUGCUCUCCAAACUCAAAGACUCCUUCAAAAAGAAGUCCAAUAACAACAAGAAGGCAGGAGAUUCUUCUUCUUCAUUCGAUUCUGCUUCGGAUCCUUCUCAUGAUCAUUCCGUUGCAACCACAUUGAGUAAUUUGGCAAAUUUGAAUGAUUCCAAUUCUGCUGUGAAUAGUGAGGCAAAAAAGAAAAGUGUUAGGAAGAUUGAAAAUGAAGGAUAUUUAUUGAUGCAAUUAAUUGGAGCAACAAAUUUGAAAAGUGCGGAUGUGAAUGGAUUGUCAGAUCCAUUUUGUUCGAUUCGUGUGAAAAAUUCGAGAUUGAGUGAAUCGGUUGAACAAUUUCAAAAAACAGAAGUCAUCAAAAAGACACUUGAUCCACGUUGGAAUUCAUUUUUCUUUUUUGAUGUCAUUGAGCUUGCUGAUACUUUUGUUGAAUUUGAAGUUUAUGAUUAUGAUCGGCUUUCAAAGAAUGACUUAUUGGGAGGAUGUGCUUUCAAAUUGUCAUUACUAACUCCAUAUAUUCAAACUGAACUAUCCAUAGGACUCGAUACUCAAGGAAGUGUCGAAUGCAGUUUAAUGUACAUUCCACAAAAUACUUUUGGAUUUCUCAUGAAGAAAUGCAUUGAAACAAAAUCUUUAUAUGUCGAUAAGGAUUUUCCUGGAACGAUUACUUCGAUUUGUUCGAACGAAGAUUUUUUAAGAAAUCGAGGAAUUGAACCUUCUGCAGUUCACUGGAUGAGACCCAAAGAUUUUUGUAAAGGAAGCUUAAAGCCAGAAUUAUUCUUGGCAGGUAUUGAGCCAGCAGAUAUUCGUCAAGGACGAGUUGGAGAUUGUUACUUUUUAGGAGCCAUUGCAGUUGCAGCAUUGCAUCCCAAACUCAUCAAAGCACUCUUUAUUCCAUCUGCUUACAAUGAAUAUGGAAUUUAUCAAAUUCGAUUGUUUUAUAAUGGCAUGUGGAGAGAAAUCAUGAUCGAUGAUUAUGUACCCAUGAUUGUUUCAAACAAGAUUGAAAGUAAGACACGAAGUAAUUUUGCACCCUUGUUUGCAAGAUCAAUCGAUAUUGAAGAAUUGUGGGUGAUAUUAUUAGAAAAGGCCUAUGCCAAACUUCAUGGUUCCUACGAAGCGAUCGAAGGUGCUCAUUCCAUUCGUGAAGCGUUCGAACACUUGACAGGAGGUUGGAGUGACGCCAUCGAUCUCACUCCCUACUCGGAAGGCAAAAAAGACACCACUGAACUCUUCAAUUCCAUGCUCGAAUGGAAAAAAUGUCGUCACCUCAUGGCCACUUCCACCGCCAGUGAUUCUGAUUUUGAUUUUGAAAAUACUCUCAUUCCCAACGAGCAUGGCAUUGUUCCAAAACAUGCCUAUUCCAUUCUCGAUGUUCGUUUCAUUUCAAAAGAAGAUUCUCCUGAAGGAAUUCCCUAUCGCUUAAUUAAAUUAAGAAAUACUUGGGGUAAAACUGAAUGGCUUGGAAAAUUUAGUGACGAAUGGGAAGGAUGGACCGAUACAUUGAAACGACGUUUGAAUUUAGUGAAAAGAGACGAUGGUGCUUUUUGGAUGGGAAUUGAAGAUUAUGUUCAACAAUUUAAUUAUAUUUAUGUAUGUCGAGUACCCAUUACGAAAGAAGUGACAGGAACCGAUGGAUUUAUGAAGGAAAUUUCAGCAUUACCAAUUUCGAAUUCGAUGGAUUCCACAGAUGCCGCUACAAAUUCCACACUGAAAACUUGUUGUUCCAAUCGACAUGAAUAUAUUUUCUACGACAAGAAGGGAGGAGCAUGUGAGUGGAAUCACAAAUUAUAUCAAAAUGCUGGAGGACAAGCUUAUUUUAAGGAUACAUUUUUCCAAAAUCCUCAAUUUCGACUUUCUUUGGAAUUACCCAAUGACGAGGGAGGAAGUGGAAAUAAUUAUUGUGGAGAAGAACACUCCCCACAAACACCUGUCACUGAUCGAAAAUUGUCCAAAGAACCAUCGACCGCGUCCUCCUCGUCCUUGUUAUCAUCCAAAGAAUCCAUGGUUCGAGUCAUUCUCAGUAUUCGAUUAUUGGAAGAAGAAUUGCCUUUAAAUUCUUCUCAGGAAACUUCUGGAACGACUCCAAUGCGAAAACGUCACGCAGCCGCUGCAUCAAAACCUAAUCCUAUUGGACUCUAUAUUUAUAGAAAUCGAAAAGCAGUGAAAACUGGAAAAUUUGGAAUGAUGGAUUUUCCUUCUCAAAAAUUGGAUUUUAUUGGAGAAACUUCAUUGAAAAAACUGUCACGCGAUGCCAUUGAAAUUUAUUUACCUCGCCCCAAUGUGAAAAAAUAUGAAUUGGAAAAGGCAGAGGGUUUGCAUGAUUAUACGAUUGUGGCGUGUCGAUGGUAUCCUCAAACAGAGGGAUCGUUUGCAGUUCAAGUGUGUUCGGAUUACAAAUAUGUGACUUUUGAAUCGUUGGAGAGUAGUGGUGGUGCUGGCACUUCCAAUACUAAUGGCUCCUCAGCAAAUUUCUUUAAAAAAGUCAUUAAGAGUGAAUGGAAUGGAAAUGAUUCGUGUGGAGCGCACUGGCAAACAUCAACAUUUAGUACGAAUCCAAAGUUUUUAUUACAAUGUUUACCUUCCUCUUCACCCAGUGAUACAGAAGAUAACUCGAGUGGAGAAUUCUUGAAAAAUCCAGUGAAUUUCUAUGUCGAGUCUGAAAAUGCAAAAAUUCCCUUCUUCCCGUAUGUGAUUUCAUUGGCCAAAUUCAAGAAAUGGAUGAAACAAUCGGUGCCACAACCUCUCACCAAAGAAGAAUGUGCAUUGUUCCCACCGAACGGAAAUGAAUUUUUCACGAUCCGUUCAUCGUUUGAUUGUGAAUUGGCCACUCGUCGUGAUAAACCCGUUUCCUACUUGUUGAUUAUGGGAACACCUUACAAGAUGAGUGGUAAUUUUACUGUGGUGAUUAAGAGUCAAUAUGAAAUUACAGCUGAACAGGUGACACUUUAG